AUGGGAUUUUUUAUGGAGGAUGAUAUAACAACCUAUAAAAUAAUGCAGACUCGAUCAUUGCAGGACUUUAGGUACCACACGAUUCUCGUUAGGACAUUUGAUUACAGAAAAAUAACCAUCUUCCCGUUAAAAGUAAGAAUUCUACAACUGAAAUGUAUCUCAUUUGGGAACUUCUGAUUGUGGCCAGUGUGCUUCACACUGGCGGUUGCAGACUUUUAAACAAUUAUGAUCAACAUGUGGAAUUCAAAUGUGACAGACAGAACCAGUUCGUAUCCCAUGUAUCGAGUAUACACAGCAAUCCCCAUGAAGAUCGUGUAUUCUCCAUGAAAUGUCGAGAUUUUCCAGUUAAGGUUGCUGGUCUGACGCCCACUUGCUAUUGGACAGGGUAUAUAAACGAUUGGGACCAAGUUAUGAUAUAUCAAUGCCCUGGCAAUUCGUACAUCGGUGGAUUUCAAAGUGACUACAGCAAUCCUCAUAAAGACAGGAGGUGGAAGGCCAAAUGUUGUCAUAUGAAAGGAAUUUACUUAGCUGGAUGUCACUAUACUCCCUGGACCAAUAACUAUGAUGGCAAGCAAAACUUUGAUGCCGAAACUAACCGAGUAACGAAAGGCAUCGCCUCAGUUCAUCUAAAUGGCAUUGAGGACCGCAUUUACAAGUUCACGACAUGUGAAGUCCUUCGUAAAAAAGGGAAAUUUGCUGUGGUCGGCAAGGAAUAAAGUUCAUCUACAGUGAAUUACACCUACAGUGAAAUAAACCUACAGUGAAUUACCACUGAAUUUCAGUGUAAUGAAUAAAAUUACUUGUAUGUUCUUUAUUAUUUCUAAAUGCAUCUUUUCUCUCGUAAUUCCAAUUGUACAUAACAGUCUAUGAUGUCCAUUAAACCGCCAUAAUGCAUUUAUUUUUGUAAACUUUAUACGUUUGGCGGUAUAUUACAAAUUUCAACUCAUUGUCAAUAGUACUGAACCAUAGUUUUAUUUCUUUUGCGUAUUGAUAAUAAGUACAAUUGUAGCUAUUUUGGUAUUUUGUGUAUGGUAGCCAAGAUAUAUCUUUUUGUUUAAAUUUUGCUACCUUUAAUUAUUUCAGAUUCAGCACUAUUCGCUUAAAUUUAAAAGCAUGUUAAAUGUUCAAAAUCCAUUAUUAUAACAUUAUAAAACACAUGUUUGCCCCUUCUACAAAAGAAAACAAUAUAUUUUUAUCUGAGGCUUUAUGUACCUUUAAGCUGUAUGCAUUUUAUUAUCAUGCUUUACUUAUAUUUAAGUUAUGUCUUGUUUGUUUGUUGUUUUUUGUGUCGCAAUAAUAAGUAUAAUAUUUUAACGAUACACAUUAUUUUUAAUACUGAAAACUCCCUUUAUUUGAGAAAAAAAAAGAAAUUACGUCAUGAAUUGACAGAAGUCAUGUAUGUAAAUUAUAUAAACGUCACGAAUAUCCAAUGAAAAUCGACGUUACCAACGUGUAAUAUUAUAAAUAGAUACGUUAAAGCAAAACAAACAUGGUAUUGAAUCGCAACAGGGAAAAAAAUUGUAUGUUAUAUUUGUAUGACUGAACUCCACAGGAACAGAUUUAUUUUGCUGCUUUUCUUUUUGCUGUCUUUGUAUAUGUACUUAUCCACAGCUUAUUAAUAAAUAAAACAUUUGCAUUAUAAA